AUGUCAAAUUCAAGGUCGGGAUACCUUCGCGAGAUCUACGUAGGCGGCCUGAGCGGUGGCCGACCACAGACGACCAAUCUCAAGCUACUUGAGCAGCAAGCCAAAUCCAAGCUCACACCUGAAGCAUACGCCUACGUUGCUGGAAGCGCUUCAACUGAAAGCACCGCUCAAGCCAACCUCGACGCCUUUAGCAAGUGGCACAUUGUGCCUUCGAUGCUGAGAGACGUCUCUCUUGCCGAGUUCGACAGUACAACUCGACUGUUUGGAAGGGAAUACUCUUCGCCUUUGGUUGUCGCACCCAUCGGCGUACAGGCUCAGUUGCAUGCAGCAGAAGCUGAUUGCGCCACAGCACGUGCAGCAGCAGACCUUGAAAUCCCCUUCACGCUCUCCUCUGCCACUAGUCGGCCGCUUGAAAAGGUGCACGAGCAUGCUGGCUUCUCGAAAGGCUCAGAAGAGGGUGGUGUAGAUGCGUGGUUUCAGCUCUACUGGCCUCAAGACGAUGAACUGACCGAAAGUUUGCUCAGCAGAGCCAAAAAGGCUGGUUAUCGUGUGCUUGUGGUAACGCUUGACACGUGGAACUUGGGAUGGCGCCCAAGAGAUCUCGAUUCAGCCUACAACCCUUUCCUGACGGGCGAAGGCGUUGCCAAUGUUUUCUCUGACCCGGUCUUCAUCGAAAGGUAUUGCGAAGGAAAGGACCCUCGGCGCUCCGACGUGUCAAAGGAAGAGAUCACCGAGGCCUCAGUUGCAGCCAUUGCCCAACUUUCUCCUGGGGUUUCCCGUACCUGGUCUGACCUAGCGCUUCUGCGACGACUCUGGGGCUCGAACCCUAUCGUGCUCAAAGGCAUUCAGACGUUGUCAGACGCGGCACGUGCGGUUGAAGCGGGCAUGGACGGUGUGUGGGUCUCGAAUCACGGCGGUCGCCAGGUGGAUGGUGCUGUUCCUUCGCUUAACCAGCUGCCCGUCAUCGCAGAAUACAUUCGCUCCCUGCCACUCAAAGAGGGCGAGGAGAGAAAGACGGUCAUUUUCGAUUCGGGCGUACGAUGCGGUGCAGACAUCAUGAAGGCGCUCUGUCUCGGUGCGGAUGCUGUCGCUGUCGGCAGACCAUGGUGCUGGGGUUUGGCGCUCAACGGCGAGGAUGGGGUUCGCGAUGUGCUCAAGACGCUCUUGGCAGAUUUCGAAUUGAAUGCUGGCCUUGCGGGUUUCCAGUCGGCCAGCCAGCUCAGUCGACAUGCGCUAGUGCGCGCUGAUGGUCGGCUGUAA